CAGCGAUCGGUUGCGUCGAGAACAAAGAAAUGCAGGCGCCCUUGCACUCUGGCCCUGCGUCUCCCAAAAUAUCCGCCAUAUCUCCAUAUCUCUCGUGCAUUCCCAACGCCAGCUCAGACACCAUGAUCCUCUUCAUGGACCGGCCCUGCACCUCUUCCCAUCCUCCCCAAUAACCAAUCUCCACCAUGAAGCACCGCAAAGCCAUCUCGCUGCUCAUCCCUGCCAUCUUCCUCCUCAUCGCCACCUACUACCUCCACCUCUCGCGACACCAGGACCGCCAACUCCUCUGGCGCACAUGGGCCGACGCCUCGCCCACCUGGCCCGAGAAACUCGACUCCUUCCCCUCUCCCCACCCCUCCCCUCCCUCCCUCUGGCCCGGCAAAAACACCACCAAGACGCUCGUGGUCGCCAAACUCCAAGACGACGACACCAGCUGGGUCACCCAGCUCACCCACGACGACCCACACCUCACCAGCGCCGUCUACACCGUCGACAACCACACCGCGACCCUCACCGUCCCCACCAACAAAGGCCACGAGGUGAUGGUCUACCUCACCUACAUCAUCGACCACUAUGACGCCCUGAAUGACGUCACCCUGUUCAUGCACGCCCACCACAUCUCCUGGCACAACAACGACUUCCUGGACUCGGACUCCGCGCAGAUGGUCCGCUUCCUGAGGCCCAACCACGUCGUCCGCAACGGAUACAUGAACAUGCGUUGCCACCACCAGCCUGGGUGUCCGGACCACAUCCGCCCCAUCGUCGGCUCGGGCACGGGGAACUUGACGGAAGACGACCUCCGCGAUGUCCCUGAGGCAGCAGUGCUGGGAAAUGCCUGGCGGGAGCUGUUCCCCGCCGACCCGGUGCCGAGGGUGUUGUCGCAGCCGUGCUGUGCGCAGUUCGCGGUCAGUUCGGAGCAGAUUCGGCGGAUUCCGAGACAGCGGUAUAGAGAUUAUAGGCAGUGGGUGAUGCAUACGGAGCUGGAUGAUCGGUUGUCUGGGCGCGUGUGGGAGUAUAUCUGGCAGUGGCUGUUUACGGGGGAAGAGGAGUUUUGUCCGGCCGAGACGAGCUGCUACUGUGAGGGGUAUGGGCUGUGUUUUGAUCCCGCGGAGUAUGAUCAUUACUUUAAGAAUCGGGAGGAGGCGCGGAAGUUGGAGAAGGAGGUGGAGGAGAUGGGGGAAGACGAUGAGAGGGUGGGAGGGUUGAAGAAGCGGAUCGAGGAGUUGCGUCGUGAUAUGGAUGGGUUCAAGGCGACGGUGGAGAAGGAGAAGGCGAAGGUGAAAGCGAAAGCGAAAGCGCAAUGACUGUUACGCACGCAUUUUGGUUAUUGGCAUCUAAUGGCGUUGGUUUGGGAGGGUCGGAGUUCUACUGUCCUGGUCGACAGAAUGUACAUUAUUUUUGGUUCCGGCGAUUGGCAUUUCGAAUAUGACUUUUAUUUUGAAUAGGG